AUGUCAACCCGGAGCCCUGAGGAACUGCUCAGAGCAGUUGAGGCAAGCCACGACCAAUAUCUCCGUAACUUACGAAGUCUCCAUGAUUCCCUGGCUAGUGCCUACACUGACUUCACCGGUGGUGCCGCUAUUGCGCUAACCGAUGUGAUCAAACGGCAAGCCGACAUUGACGAGGAUGCGGUAUUCGAGGAAUUUGCGGCAUAUGAAAGCCAAGGGUACGUCAGCUCAACUUUUGAGCUGUACGACGUCGAUAAGGAAGGAUCGCCUCGACCUGUGGGUAAACAUCCAGACCGCCGUCCCCGAGGCGCCUCAGCCGACGCAGCUCCAACUCCCACUCAGAUUGUCGACGCUCCGACGGUGUGGAACGCCCUAAAGGAGAUUCACGCCGACAGCCAAGCCGUAGGUCUCGUAACGAUCCUACAAGAACCGUCGGCCCUCAUGCUCGGCGCGCUACAUAUGACAAUGCGCCCAUACUUCGACAUGACGGAGCUCCUCAACCACUUCAUCACAGACCAUGAGAAUAACGGCAAGACGACAGCCCACGUCCACCGAGCCUUUGCAAAGGAUGCUUCACCCUCGCACCUCCGCCAGCGCAGCUUCUUCUUCGUCUUCAAGUACUACACAGUCGUAGGCGAGGGCCUCGAACCACCCCCCUUUCAAAAGUACGAUAAACGCCCUGCGGACCGCCGCUCAAAGGACCAUAUCGACAUUGCGGAAUGCAGCUCCAUCCUCGCCCUCUCCCUCUCUGGCCCACCACGCCAAUCCGUGAAACAGACCCGGCGCCGCGAGGGUCCCCAGGAAGGCUUCCUCUUCGACACGUUCGCGCCGUGGCAUCUGCUCUCGAUACAGUCCUUCCCAGACGACGAACACACCCUCCGCGGCGGCGACGCCGAGGCACACAAGAACUUCCCCUCGGGCCCGUACGCCUUCCUGGACGCCCUGGUGACCGAGUACCGCGACGCGACGAAGCGCAACCUCGCCCUCCACGCCCGCAUCGCGAAGCUCAUCACCCCGCCGACGGACUUCAUGUUCGACGCCCGCCUGCGCGACAAGCUCCUCUUCGAGGACAAGCACUUCACCUACAUCCGGCGGUACUUUUGGGCCUAUAACACGCUGGGCGUCGUGAACGAGGGCCUGCGCGCCAUGCUGGCCGCCUACCGCGAGACCUUUCCCGACGACUUCUGGGAGGGAAGGCACCAGACGCUGUGGCCGCACCCGGCGCCGGAGAGCCCCGAGGGCGCGGUGUACCGCGACAAGAUGGUGCUCUUGCGGUCCGACUUGGAGCGCGCGUGUCGGGACCUGGAGACGGUGCACGCCAAGAACGCCGCGACGCGCAAGGAGAUUGAGAAUCUGCGGGACCAGCUCUUCAGCGGGAGCUCCAUCAAGGAGUCGAGGAGGGCGAUCGAGCAGGGGGAUAACAUCAAGGUCCUGACGUUGGGGUCCAUGGUGUUUUUGCCCCUGACGUUUGUAACUUCAGUCUUUGGGAUAACAGAGUUUACAAUCUCACCAGAAGACUGGAGAUUCCCCGUGACAAUGGUCUGCGUCUGCGUACCCUUCAUCGUUGCCCUCAUCCUUCUGCAGACGCGCGCGGGGUACUCGCUCGCGCGGCACACGUUCGCCACGCUCGCUUGGCCGUUUCGGCUGUUUACGGACGCCGAUGCAGAUGAGCAGUUUAUGCCGGCCGUCACCAUGCCCGUGACGGAGACGAGACCCAGAAGGAAGAGGCGAUUGACGGGUCGUCGGCCCCCGCCUCCGCUGUCGACACGUUCGCCACGGCACCAGCACCAGCAGCAACAGCGUGACAAUGAUCUGGGUUUGAUACAGUCGUUUAUGGGUUGGUGGACGUGGGUGAGGAAGAAUGGGGUUCGUAGAAGUGGAGGUGAGCGAGGUGACGAUUCAGCGUUCGGAAAUGUGUGA